GUCGUUGUUGUCGCCCUUGUGUCUUGAUUCUCGCAGUGACAAUGGCCGCCUUUGCCAGUUCUUGCAGGUUCGCUGCUGCCGUCGUCAGCAGACAUGGUCGCCGUCCUUUCAGUGUCGCUGCGGCCAACCGUGCUGCCCAGAACUUCGCCAUGCCCGCCUUGUCGCCGACCAUGACUGAGGGAAACAUCACAAGCUGGAAGCUCAAGGAAGGCGACUCCUUCUCGGCUGGAGAUGUAAUUCUUGAGAUCGAGACCGACAAGGCCCAGAUGGAUGUCGAGGCUCAGGAGGACGGCAUUCUCGCAAAGAUCACCGUCCAGGAGGGCGCAAAGGCCAUCCAGGUCGGUUCGCGCAUUGCUGUCCUGGCUGAGGAGGGUGACGAUUUGGCCAACUUGAAGAUCCCUGACGAGGACGCUUCGUCUACUGGACAACAACCCGCCCGCAAGGACCGCCCUAGCCCGCAGGAAGAGCUCAAGUCCGGUAUCGACACAACCGAGUCCUCGCCGAGCGCCUCAGAGGCCCCGCCGUCAUCCAAGCCCAACGCCGAUGCUGAAGCAGGCGGCGCCGCAGACACCACCAGAGCUACCCAGUUGCAAGGCUCUUCCGACGCAAAAGCAAAGAAGCAAACAUAUCCUCUCUACCCCUCGGUCCAGCACCUACUGCUCCAGAAUGGUCUGACCAAGGAGGACGCCAACAAGAUACCUGCAAGCGGUCCCGCUGGUCGUUUGCUCAAGGGUGAUGUUUUGGCAUACCUGGGCAAGAUUGAGAAGAACUACCCCGGCCAGCAGGCCAAGCGCAUGGACAAGCUGGCACACCUCGACCUCUCCAACAUUCAGCUUGCUGCUCCCCCGAAGAAGGCCGAAUCCAAGCCUGUCGAGGCCGAGAAGCCCGCUCCUAUUCCUGAUAUCGAGAUCGCCCUUCCCAUCUCCCUCUCCGCCGUGCUCGAGACCCAGAAGCGUGUCCACGACACUCUUGGAAUCAACCUUCCCCUCUCUACAUUCAUCGCUCGUGCUUCGGAGCUCGCAAACGAGAACCUUCCCUUGUCCAAGAACAGAAAGCCCACAGCUGAUGAGCUUUUCAACUCCGUCCUUGGUCUCGACAAGGUUUCUACCAAGACUGCCCGCGGCAACUACAUUCCUCAGGUCACUGGUCUUCCCUCGACUCCUCUCGUCCCCAGCCAACGUGCUUCCAAGAAGGCCGAUAUCUUCGACAUUCUCGCUGGAAAGCCCUCGGGCCCCAAGAAGGCACCUAAGAUCUUCGGUGCUCAGGGCGUCGUGGCAGCUCAAAACGUCUUCAGCGUUUCAGCGCCCAAGGGAGACGAGAAAAGAGCACAGGAGUACCUCGAACGUAUGAAGCAGGUCCUCGAGGCCGAGCCCGGCCGUCUUGUUCUCUAAGCUUUUACUUUACUCCCCUCAUGUUUUCUUCACAGCGUCAAAGAUAUCUCUGUAGUUUUAUAUUAACUGGAAAGGACCGGCAUAGAAUUUCAACCUUCAAAUCUUGAAG